UUAUCUACAACUUAUGGGCUGCUGUGAUGAUUAUUAAAUAUUUUUGAAAACUUAAGUUUUUCAUAUGUACAUUUUCCUAUUUAGUAAAGUUUCGGUAUACUAAUCGUUAAAUUAUUAUAAUUAGGUUUUAGUUAGGAGUUCUAAAUUUAAUAAUCGAUGUCAGAUUACAAAAUACAUACGAAGCAGGUGUCCAGUAUAAGCUGUUAUAGAUGGUAAAUGUACAUUUGUUCAAUAUCUGUUAGAUAACAAUGAAUGUCAUAAUGUCAGAUGAUCGACUUGUGUUAAAAACAUCCAUAGAUGAGUCAGUCAAACACUCAUGUAUAGAAUACUGUGUAGAAAAGCGUGAAAAAUUUUCAAAAACCGAAUGCUUCAUUAUAGUUGUGUCAUUAUUAAUGGCCAUAUACACACAUGCUAUUAAUACAGCUUUUGAAUGCCUUAAAACUGGAAUUGUUGCAGUUUUCUUGUUUUUGAUGAUAUUACGGUUUAUUUAUAAAGUGCACAGUGAAUCAUUAGUUAUAAUAGCUCCAAUUGGACUACAACUAACUACAACAUACAUUAAUGGACGGCAAAAGGUAUUUUCUUUGCCAUGGCAAAGUAUUACGGACAUACUUAUUGUGGACGUAAUUCACACUCAAAAAGUAUUAUACUACUUAGCAAUUAAAACGACUCAAAAUGGAUUGGUCACAUUGUUCCAGAAAAGUGCACCGAGGUUAAAUUUUUUAGAAAUUAUUUAUAGAGAUAUAUUCAAACUAAUGGAAAUCCACAGAUAAAGAAGUUAUUGGUAGUUA